AUGCCAAAAAUUUCUACAAGCAAAGCCUUCUAUUUACUACAAGUAUGGCUCGACAAUCUAGGAAUACAUUUAAUAUCAACACAACAACAAAAUGGUAUAGGCUUUUUCCACGUUUGGACCGAAGACCAAGGGAGUCGCGGUCCUGAAGAGAUUGGCAGCUCACUUAUGGCCUUUUUGGAGAAUAUGAAGGACCAAGCCAUCGCUCCCGAUCAUCUAAUUGCAUGGAGUGAUUCGGCAGGAGUGUUCAGAAAAAUUGACCAUAAGUUCCUUGAAGUGGGGCAUACUUUCAUGGACUCUGAUAGAGACUUUGCAGCUGUUGAAAAGUCUAUCAGAAAGCACCAAUCAAUUUAUACAAUAGACCAAUAUAUUUAUAUCAUGCCAGAAGCCAGAAAAGAAACACCUUUCAAUAUUACAAGAACGGCGGACAAAUUUGUUGAUACAAAAGAGCUUCCAAGAAAACUUGGACUCGUCGAUAGAAAAAAAACUACAACUAACGAGAAAUUUUCAUUCAGAGAUGUGAGAUGGAUCCAGAUUGAGGAAUUUGGUAUAACCAAGUACAGAUACUCUUUUGAUGAACCAGAGGACAAAAUGAACCUUUAUUAG